AUGAAGCGGAACAAAGUCCCACCAGAUGAUGCCACCGCCCAUGAGCCGGAAGACAUGCCCGGCACUCCAGAUGGCACGACUUCCGAAGAUGACCCGGAAGAACCGGACCCAGAACAAGCUUCCACCCAAAACGAUUCGACCCCCAAGCACCUCAAGACCAACACCAGAGAAUCCACACCGAAGUCCCCCAGCCACAAGACCCCAAAGUGCCUCAACAUCUGCACCAACAUCAAAGCCGCCCAGCUGCAAGAGCACCAAGCAACGCAGAACCAACCGCAUCCUCCAACACACCAGACAGGCCAGACGAAAAUGAACCCCCGGACCCCCCGUCCCCAGACCCAGACUCGGACGAAGAUGAGACCGACUGGAAAAAACAAGAAUGGACCCAGAAACCAGAUCAGCCACCCUGACACUCCGAAAGUUCAAUCCCCAAAACAGCCUCCAAACAGAACGAAACCUCCGACCCACCCCUCUCCACUCUUCAGCGAUGACGCACCAAACACCACUGUGGACCAAACCAAUUUAUACCAAGCCAUGAUUUCUUCUUUAGUGGUUGGUGUAUAA